AAGGUUUUAUCUUUUCAUGAAAAUGGCUCUAGCUGGAAUUUUCUUGGUGGGUCUCCUUGCAAUGGUUUCAUCUGUUAAUGGUUAUGGUGGUGGAGGGGGGAUAAAUCCCCGUGCAACCUUCUAUGGAGGUGGUGAUGCUUCUGGCACAAUGGGUGGGGCUUGCGGUUACGGGAACUUGUACAGCCAGGGGUAUGGUACAAAUACUGCAGCUUUGAGCACAGCUCUGUUCAAUAGCGGGUUGAGUUGUGGAUCUUGCUAUGAGAUUAGGUGCGUGAAUGACCCCAAAUGGUGCUUGCCUGGCUCCAUUUUGGUCACAGCCACCAAUUUCUGCCCUCCAAACAAUGCCCUGCCUAACAAUGCAGGGGGAUGGUGUAACCCUCCUCAACAGCACUUUGAUCUCUCUCAGCCUGUCUUCCAACACAUUGCUCGAUACAGUGCUGGAAUUGUACCUGUGUCCUACAGAAGGGUACCCUGCAGAAGGAGAGGAGGCAUAAGAUUCACAAUCAAUGGUCACUCCUACUUCAAUCUAGUCCUGAUAACCAACGUUGGCGGUGCUGGUGACGUGCAUGCUGUGUCCGUCAAGGGGUCUAGGACUGGAUGGCAACCAAUGUCAAGGAACUGGGGGCAAAACUGGCAAAGCAACAAUUAUCUUAACGGACAAAGUCUUUCAUUCAAGGUCACCACCAGUGAUGGCCGUACUGUGGUCUCCAACAAUGUUGCUCCCUCUAGCUGGUCCUUUGGGCAGACCUUCUCUGGUGCCCAGUUCCACUAGGGACCGACUCUGCGUGCCUUCUGUUCUUUCAGCAUGUUAGGUCUAUAUUUAUUUAGUACUUAUUAUUAGAAGUAAUAUUAGUAUGAUUUUAUUAGUGCUAAUAUAUACUUGUAUCUCGAUUGGAAGUCUGUAUUAGGUUCUCUUUGGUCAGGAUGAGAAGGGCUUAUUUUAAUUGGCACUCUCAUUUUGAACUUAUUGAGUCACUCAGGAGUGUCCUAUUCAAGGGACACUCCUUACUAGUCUCUCUUUACUAGUCUUGGGGCUUUUCCUUUUUUUCUUCCGCCGUUGAAAAGGGCGGAAGAUUAUGGCAGGGGGGGGGGUUUUUGGGCUUUUACCACCCGCCGCUAGUAUUUUGAGUAGUUUUGCUCUUCUUUAUUUCGCUCCCCCGCAGCUUUCAAGGGAUUUGGGAGCUGCGGGUUAUUUUUUUUUAAUUGUUCUUGUAAGCUGACUGUGAUCAGCGCCCGCUGAAUUAUGUCCUUGGGUUUUUAUGUCUGGAAUUUAAGACUAAAGUGUAAAUUUCCAAUUUCUACUAAUGAUGAAAGUAGUGGUGGAGUGCUGUUAUUCCCGACUAUCCUUUGUUGUC